AACCAAGCUUGUUCAUAUGGAAAACGCUCAACCCCAAUCUCUCUCAUCUCUCUGUAUAUAGAAGAAUCUCCAUUGUCUUUAAUUUCUGUCCAUUUUCUCUUUCUCUCUUCCUUCAAACUUUUCUCUUUUCUUGAUGGGUUUAAGAUCAUCAAGUACAACUACGCAUUAAACUCCAAAUUUUCAUAGUAAUUAAAGAUUGUUGAUAAUGAAGAGAUUAAGUAGUUCAGAUUCCGUGGGUGGUCUCAUCUCUUUAUGUCCUACAACUUCCACAGAUGAGCAGAGUCCAAGAAGAUACGGUGGGAGAGAAUUUCAGUCGAUGCUUGAAGGUUACGAGGAAGAAGAAGAAGCUAUAGUUGAAGAAAGAGGACACGUGGGUUUGUCGGAGAAGAAGAGAAGGUUAAGCAUUAACCAAGUUAAAGCUUUGGAGAAGAAUUUUGAGUUAGAGAAUAAGCUUGAGCCUGAGAGGAAAGUUAAGUUAGCUCAAGAACUUGGUCUUCAACCUCGUCAAGUUGCUGUUUGGUUUCAGAACCGUCGUGCACGGUGGAAGACAAAACAGCUUGAGAAAGAUUACGGUGUUCUUAAAACUCAAUAUGAUUCUCUCCGUCAUAACUUUGAUUCCCUCCGCCGUGACAAUGAAUCUCUCCUUCAAGAGAUUAGUAAACUGAAAACUAAGCUUAACGGAGGAGGAGAAGAAGAAGAAGAGAACAACUUAGCGGCGACAACAACGGAGAGUGAUAUUUCGGUUAAGGAAGAAGAAGUUUCGUUGCCGGAGAAGAUUACAGAACCACCGUCGUCUCCUCCACAGUUUCUUGAACAUUCCGAUGGUCUUAAUUACCGGAGUUUCACCGAUCUACGUGAACUUCUUCCAUUGAAAGCGGCGGCUUCUUCAUUCGCCGCCGCGGCUGGAUCUUCAGACAGUAGCGACUCAAGCGCUCUUCUGAACGAAGAAAGCAGCUCCAACGUCACUGUGGCGGCUCCGGUGACGGUUCCCGGCAGUAAUUUCUUCCAGUUUGUGAAAAUGGAGCAGACGGAGGAUCACGAUGACUUUCUGAGUGGAGAAGAAGCUUGUGAAUUCUUUUCCGAUCAACAACCACCGUCUCUACACUGGUACUCCACCGUAGAUCACUGGACUUGAAGCUGUAAACACCACCGGAAGAGAUUUUGGAUUAUUUGCUCUCUUCUUCUCUGCUUCUCUGUGGAAUCGAUAUGGAGAAGAUGGAAAAACAGAGGAGGGUAAAAUGGGAAUAAUGGUUAAAAUUGAAGGGUGAAAGGGAAAAAUUAAGGAAAGGUUAAAUCUGGGCGGGAAUAAUGAUUUUAGGGUGAAUUUGUAAUUAUGCUUUUCUUUGGUGUUUUCGUGCACUUCUUGUAAUUAAGAUCAAAGAGAAAUUGAGAAGGGAAAAAAAUUCAGCAUGGACUCUUUAAAUUA